ACGUUGGCCGAGCCUUCGGCGGGCUUUCGGCGGAGAAAAAUGGCUUUGGCCAGCGAUUUCUAUUUGCGCUACUAUGUGGGGCACAAGGGCAAGUUUGGACACGAGUUUCUGGAGUUCGAGUUCCGGCCGGACGCAGUUUUUGCUGUUAUAGAUUGAAUUUUUUUCCACUCCCCACAGGAAAGCUUAGAUAUGCCAACAACAGCAACUAUAAAAAUGAUGUCAUGAUCAGAAAAGAGGCGUACGUACACAAGAGUGUGAUGGAAGAACUGAAGAGGAUUAUUGAUGACAGCGAAAUUACGAAAGAAGAUGAUGCUUUGUGGCCCCCCCCUGACAGGGUUGGCCGGCAGGAGCUUGAAAUUGUAAUUGGAGAUGAACACAUUUCUUUUACUACAUCAAAAAUAGGUUCUCUUAUUGAUGUAAAUCAGUCCAAGGAUCCCGAAGGCCUUCGAGUAUUUUACUACCUGGUACAAGACCUGAAAUGUUUGGUUUUCAGUCUUAUUGGAUUACAUUUCAAGAUUAAACCAAUUUAAAUUAUAUGUUUUUUGAAGCUGUUUUUAUAUUUAACUAAGGGAUUGGUAAAGGGGGGUUAUUUGUCAUUUACAUUAUCAGGAUUUUUAUGUAUGUGAAGCAAACUCAUUUUUUUGUAUGCAAAUUGAAAAUAAGAAAAUAUAUAAACAGGCUUAAUGGUUAUCUUCACUUUUGUCUACGUGGGUUGGACAGUGCCCCCAUGUGUUAGAUUCUGUACAUAAAAGACACCUGUUGAAAUUUUGCUCCAAUAAAACUUACCAAAGCC